AUGAUAGUGUUAAAACGUUCCACAAUUUUUAAAAAGCCAGGGAAUGAUUCACAAAAUGAAGUUAAUGGAUUAUUCUAUAAAGUUGAUAAUGAUAAUUCAAUUUUAUCAUUGAAAUUAUCUAAUUCAUUAAUUGAUAAUUGGUUUGAAGGAAAAAAACGUGAACUUGAAUUAUUCAUUUGUUUAGAUGUUUCUGGAUCAAUGGCUGGAUCGGGGAUCACUCAAGCAAAACAAGCAAUCUUACACUUGAUUGAAUCAUUAAUUGCACACAACAGCAUUGAAGAAAAAGAUAUCACAUGCAUGUUUUUUCAAUCGACUUGUGAUGUGAAAAGAUUUGUUGAUGAUCCCAAUUUACUUUGGGACAAUGGAAAAAUCAAAGAAUAUUUUAAUACAAUAAAUGCUUAUGGAGGAACAAAUUUUAUUUCAGUAUUUGAAAAAAUCUCUGAAAAUAUUAAAUAUGUUGAAAAAGAUUUAGCAAUUAUAUUUUUUACUGAUGGUCAAAAUAACGUUAAAAUAAAUUUUGAUCAAAUGAAAAAAGAGUUACAUGUUGGAUUAUCUUCAACUGGUCAUGCUACUGAGAUUCAUACUAUUGGUUUUACUGCUGAUCAUGAUGCUGCACUUCUUUCUUGGCUGACUAAUUUGGGCACCAAACAAGGCAACUUCCAAUAUGUGAAAUCAUCAAUUGAUAUACAAGGUACUAUGGAAACAACUGUUGGACUAUUAGAAUUAGGCGAACGUCUAUUAUAUGUGAAUAUUGGACCUGAUAAAAUAUUACCAAUUAAUAUUGGUGAUGAUGGUAAUGGAACAAUUAUAUUAAAAGGAGAAUCUUCAAAGCUUGAUGAAACAACUCCAAUUUAUCUUUUAAAGGAAGAAUCUUAUUUAUCAAAUGGUGCUGAAAGCAAUAAUAAUAACAACAACAAUAAAAUUAGAGCGCCAUUAAAACAGAUACAACCCGAUGAGCCUAUAGUAACAUCACUCAUCAUUACUUUUAUUCAAUCAGAAAUUACAAAAUUAACUGAUCAAAUUAUAAAUCUCAAUGUUGACAAUAGAAGAGAAUUGCUCGAUAAAAUAUCUCAACAAAUUUCUAUUCAUGAUGAACAUUUGAAUAAUAUGAUGGCAAAUGCUUAUAAAAUUAAAACACUUGGUCGUAAAUUGACUAUACAGCAAUGUUUAGAGACAAAAUCAAUGGUACAUCAUUUCAAAAAUCUUUUAGCAGAGGCUUUAAAAGGAACUUUGACAAAUGAAAAAAUAGCCAAUUUUAAUAAUCUAGCUUACAAUAAUAUAACCAAGAAUAGAUUGAAGAAAAAAAUGAAUGAUAGGGCUGUUAAAAAUAUCAAAACACUAGAAGAUAUUGAAAAAAAAAUUGAAGAUGCUGUUAGAAAAUUGGAUUUUAAAAAAUUGGAAGAUGGUGAAACUGAAGAAAAUCUAAAGACACUAACUUGUGCUCUUACUACAGACAAUUAUAUCGAGUCAUUAAAGUGUGGAGAGUGUAUGUGUUUAGCUCUUGAUGUAACAAGACCACAAUCUGCAAUAGCUGAUCCAUCAAAAAUAAGAAUCAAAAAGAUAAAUCAAUCAUUUUUAAGUUCUGAAGCAUUUUUAACAUCAGUAGAAUAUGCUUUAGGUGAAUCGAUUGAUUCAGAAAGUGUUCAUGGUGGUUUUCAAUCUAACAUUUUGGGUGCAAAUGUUGUAAAAGGAUUAGCCAAUGAGAACAUAACAGGAAUACUUCCAUUAUAUAUUAAUGAAUAUCAUUGGUCAGUUGCAAAAGAAAAAAUAAAGCCAAUAAUGGGAUAUAUAACAACUCUUGAUGUUUUUGGUUAUGCAUAUGAUCAAGUCACUACAGUUCCAUUCCUAGUACUGGCAAAAUCACUUACUGAUACAUCAACAGAUUUUCAUCGAAAACAAUUUAAGUUGAUUCUGGAUACAUGUGAUGCAAUUUACAAACAAUCUCAAAUGUUACGUGAACAAAAUAAAACUUUAUUUGAAAACUAUAUGAAAUCACCAAUAAAUCGUACAAUUGAUCAGGUUGCAAAUAAUUUAGUAUAUCUUGGACAUUUAUUAUGUGCUGUUAGGUGUGGAGAUGUCAACAAACAUGAUCUGAAUAAUUGGAUACAAAAAGGAAUGUUUACAUAUAUAAUUGAAGAAACUAUUCGUAGACGUCUUAACAAAUAUGAGAAGGUUGAAGAAAUGAUGAAUAAUGUUCCAAAAGUUUUAGGAAUUAAUUUGAAGGCUUUUAUUGAUGAUCCUAUUGAUGAAUACGAAAGACUUUAUUCUGAAUAUGACAAGAAGUUAAGACUAACUGAUAAUUCAGAAAAUGUUAAAUACAAAGAAGCAUUUAAAAAUGCAUUGAAAAUAUUUAAAGGUGCUACUGCUGUUGUUGAUGAUGACGAUCAGAAAAGUUUAGAACAAGAUAACAAUAACAAAGAAAUAAAAGAUGAGGUUAUUGCUCCUACGGUUCAAACAAAGUUAUUUGAUCCUGAUAAUCAUCGAUUACCAGAACCAGCAACAACUUUAAUAAUUGGUACUAUUAAACAAUCAACAUCAGAUUCUUUAGAAAAUAUUUUAAUUUAUAAAAAAAUAUUUGAAUCGCUAAUUACUAGUGAAUUAUUUAUUGAAGAGAUUAUAACUAAACCAGAAUUUUCGUUUAAAUCCAACCAAACACCAUUAACAGAAUCAUUUUUUGACCAAUACACUUCCAAAACAUUAUUAGCAACAUUUUAUCAAUCAUUUUUACAUCAACAAAAUUCUGUUAGGCGUCAAGCAAUAGAGUCAGACCCUAUUAAAUUUUUUGAGCCAUUUUCUGAAAAAGACUCAACUACAAUAUUGCAAACAUAUUUUGAUGAAUAUGUUACCGAAACAUUAAAUAAAAAAGUUGUUGAUGUGAUUAACAAGUAUUCUGAUUUGCAAAACUAUAAGCUAAUGUUAACUUUUUGUGAUAUUGAAAAUGUCGAGGAGGCAGCUGGUCUUUUACUUUCGGAUGUUAAGUUUCGUGGUUCAAAGAUGUUUGGACAAAUUAUUAAGGCAUUACAAAUGCCAAAUUUGAAAUUGGUUGAUGAAAAAAUUCAAAUGGUUGUAAUUGGCAAGUGGAAUGAUAUAGUUCUUUUCUAUGAUAAAAGUAAAAAAGAUGGCGCGAGAAAAGAUCCAGCUUGGAUUCCAUCUAAAAAAAAUAUUCAUCGUACACUUAAAGCUCAGAGAAAAAUUUUACCAAAUAUGGAAUAUUGGAUUAAAUUAUUUCCAACAUACAAAACCUAUAUUGAGAAACAAUACGACGAAGAAUACCUAAAAAGAAAAUGGUUAGAAGGCAUUGAAAAAAUGAAAAAGAAGAAGUUGGAAAAAAGUUCUUAA